AUGCCUCCCAAGUCCAAAAAAGCAGAAAAGCCCAAGCCAAGCCAACCAACCCAAUCCACCCCCAAUUGGCCUCCCCUCCGACCCCUCCUCCCCGCCGCCGAUCUAUCCCUAACACCCCUCCUCACCGACCAAAUCUACCUGAUCCGCAAUUUCCUCCCAGGCACCCUAUGCAAGACCUACGCCUCAUUCCUCGCCUCUCUCCCCCUGACCACUACACCCGGCAAACCAAAGAAAGAUGAAGCCCUGCGCGUCAAUGACCGCUUUCAGAUCGACGAUCGUCGAUUCGCCGACAUGCUAUGGGAAACAACAGCCAUGAAAGAGCUCGUCACGACGCGAUUCGCCGAAGAAGAAGACGAAGAGCUUUCUCCCACCGAAUUCGCCCAGCGAGCCCGCCAGCUCUGGGGCGGAGAACCCUUAGGUCUUAAUCCCAAUAUCCGUAUUUAUCGAUACUCGGCCGGGCAGUUCUUCGGACAGCAUUAUGACGAUGCAAAUAAUAUAACUUUUACCCCGCCUCGGUCGAAGGCUGUUCCUGCGCGCACGACGUGGACGCUCUUGGUUUACUUGACUUCGUGUGAAGGGGGCGAAACGGUCUUCUAUCCGGAGUCUACAAGGGAGAAUCGGAACCCGGAGCCGAUUGCUGUGGCGCCGGAGGUGGGGAUGGCGUUGUUGCAUCGACAUGGUGAUCAUUGUAUGAUCCAUGAGGGGAUGGAGGUUACGGGUGGGGAGAAGUGGGUGUUGAGGAGUGAUUUGGUUGUUCCGAGGUGA